AUGGGGAAGCGAAAGUUGCUGCCGGACCCCAUUGCCCAUGCCAUCGCAUGGGCAAGAAGCCUUUCCCCGUUCGCUCACACCUUGCUGCGAAAGUGGGCAUGGGGCAAAUUAAGUGCCCCGGAUCUACAGGAGCUCGCUGUUGCUGCCGAGCAAUCAGGCUUGCAAGACGAAACAACGGAGGAGCUUGCUGCUUUGGGGGCCAGGGGACGAGCAAGCCAGAAUGUCCAGAGAGACCUCGUUAGAAAGGUUCAAACGGGUUUGGUUCCCAGCAGCACAGCUGUGACCAUUCCACGCUUGGACCCAAAGAGCAAGGCAGACGACAUCGGGCAAGUUCCCGUCAAGCUCCCUUCGCAGUGGAUGCAGCUUCUGGAAGCCUUUGAUAUUCCAGUCCAUUUUCGGUACCCCGGAGAACAUCAAGAGUUUCUGGAGCCUCGAUUGCAAAAUCAUCCAAUGUUCCGCAAGAACUGGAAGGAAAAAUGCAUCUCUUUGCUUUUCCACAGCGAUGGAGCAGCUUUCCAAAACAACGACUCCCUGGUGACAUGCUCCUUCCGUGGAUUGCUGUCUAGCCAAGCCGGGACCUGGAUUGUCUGGAGCUUGGAGGCCUUGUUUCAUAACAGGUGGCCUUCUGAAGAUCCUGAAGGCAAGAGCCUACAGGCUCACCCUGCCCUUGAAUCUCUUGCGGGCAAGCCGAUUCUCAAGGACGGUUUUUUUGCCAUCCUUUAUGGCUACAUGGGUGACAUGGAGGAAUUUCAGAACAACCUGGCGCACAUCAUUGGCAACGUCUUCUAUGCUUUCCUGCUGAUAGGAAACAGACAGAGGCAGUUUCGAAGAUUGUGGAACUUCAUCCAGAGUCACCAGCGAGAGAGCGAUCACGGCAAGCCCCUCUCCAGUUUCGCCAUGACCAAUUUGACGAACCCGAAGGCCUUGAGCACGACCUACCCUUGUCUGCAGCAUGUGAAGGCUGCACAGGUGAGAUGUUUAGUGCCUGUGGCACGCCUGCUCGUGGAACAGCUCUUCGGGGACUCCGAGCAGGAUCGCCACAUGAAGGCCGUCAUGAAAUUCCUCGACCAGUUUUACGACUUUCUUUACACUGCUGCCAUCAUUCCAAGCGGCUCCGAAGGCAUGAAAGCCUUCACUUCCUUGAACCGUGCUUUGCAGAGCUACCAGUGGUUGGCUGCCCAAGCUGUUGCUGAUGGCAAGUGCUUAUGGUCCAUGGUCCCUAAACAUCAUUAUAGUGCUGAGCUGGCCGGGCAAGCUCGUUUCCUCAACCCUCGAUUUGUUUGGUGUUAUGGGAGUGAAGACUAUGUGGGAACCAUUGCAGAUCUUGGUAGCACCUGCUUGCGAGGGUCGCCUACCUUCCACAUGCCCUUUGGAAUGGCGGAGAAGCUAGAAGUUGCGAUGACCUUGGAUCUGGCUUUGCGAGUUUGA